AUACAGUCAAUCUGACCUUAAUUAUCUUUUUGUUGUUUUCAGAACAUAGAGUAAAUAUUAAAAGGCUGUUUUUUAAAUUAAAUGAUAAUUUUGGUGUUUUUAGAACAGUUAUUUAAAAAAUCCAUAAGAUAUCAUUAAAAAUGAAUAAUUGCUAAAUGCUUUUAAAAGAUUUGAUUGUACUCCUAAUGCAGCACUGUAAUAUCAAACAAUAGGUGGGGUAUUAGUUGCAUAUGUGGAAAUUUGAUAUUCAGAAUACACACUAAUUACGUGGAAUUGUUUUACUGUUUCAUGCUAGAUUUAUUGCAAUGAAUAUCUAGAACAUCAUCACUUUCCGCUGACAAGCAUUCCUCUAAUUAUAUCUAGCGCACAGAACAUGACUUUUAUUCUGAUUGUCCUGUCACAGACAUUUCUGGCUUUGUGACAACCCUUUAAAUCAAUUGCUUGUGUUCCUGUUGUGAUUUACUCUGUCACAGACACCCAAACAUUUUCCAAAUCGGUGAUAAAUCUGAUAGUCUGAACACACUUACAACAAGUAGUAAGAAGUGUGAUGACCCACAGCCAAUUCAAAACAAAGCUUUUGGGGGACAGGUGGGGACAACCACAGCAAUUACAAUUAAUCUUUGUGAACAGAGUAAAUGGAGCAGAGUUCUGGCAAGAGAACAGAUACUUAUAUGAUGUCAGACAGUAUCUCUUUUUCCAAUCUCCAUAAUUAAAAAAAUAUUGUUUCUGCAAUCAACUACCUCAUGGAACAUGAUGAAAUGUUUCGUGCAUUUAGGGACAAUGUGCCGAGAUCAGAUGCUCUUUGUUGGGGAACUCUGUAAGUGAAAGUUGAUUUAAGUGUAAAGUGAGAGCUUUGCAGGAUCUGUCCAGGAUCAUGCACUGUGCGUGUUAAAGCAAGCCAUAACUGUGGUACAACUGUAAGCAGUACAGCACGUCUGGGAUUUUUAAAGUCAUGCAGUGUCCACUAGACAUUAGCAGACUGCUUGAGAGGAACAACCUUUUAACAGCUAGCCAUUUAUAGUUGGUUAUAUCUAGUCAGUCAUAGCUCAUCGUCCAAAAAUGGAAAGCUAUUAUGCUGCCCCAAAAUGUCAAAUGAAAAUGACUAGGGGGCAUCCUACUGGUUUUCAUUUAUUCCCUAACAGUGGUCAGGAAUGGUGGGUUUUGUGGCUAUCAUUUUCUUAGAGAAACAUAAACACGCCAUCCUCAACCUAAUGGCACUGAACUUUGCAGUGACCAUUUUCAAAUGGAACAGUUUGGGCAGUUUUCUUGUAGAACACUUACGGGAAGUCAACUAUUCUGUCCAGAAAUUAGUCAUUGCCGUUUGUUGAAGCUGCAGAUAAGAUAAAGUUUUUUUGCGUUGGUUGUCCCUCCAUCAUUGCCAAUGGUUCAAAUGCUGUAAAAUGAGUUCUCGGCUUCAGGAACAAAUACAUUCACUGUCUGAAGGCAUGCCCUGGAAUUUUCCAUAUCUUCACCACCAGAUCCCUGCUAGCAUUAACGGUUGAUUUUUAUACUGGGGACGUUUUUCUCUCGGUAUCUUGUGUUGAGUAUGCAGACUCCAUCUGUGCUAACUCUUCACUGGCAUUCUAGGAAUUAAUGUCAUAGGGACGUGUUACUGCUUCAUUGUCAGACAUGUUGCUUUUCAUGUAUAAGCAAAUAAAAUAUCACACUUGCAGAAAAGGCUAUCAUAUUUAGGAAACUGCUGGCAGAAAGUAGGUAGAGUUCAAACAGAGCUGCCCUAUAGAGUAACCUCUCACCAUGAAACAAUGCGUUUAAAAUCUCCCUUGAUAACAUUGCUGGCUGAGAGUUAUAGGAUAUUAACAGUGUCACGACACUGCUAGUCUCACCUUUUUAUUCUUAUUACUGAUUUACCUCAUCACAAGGUAAUACCAUUUGUAGUCAAUGAAUGGUUACCUGUUAUUGAUUAGUUUUCUGCUUCUUGAUAAAAGCAGGACAAUUCAGUAAUGGGUUUGGAUUGUAUGGGUUGCCUAGGACAGUGAGAGUGAGGUAGUGUCCAAGGGCAGAGUUUAUUUUGAAUAAAACAUAGGGCACGAUUGUAGUCCUUGUAAAUGCAGGCAAAAGGGUCAGAACCAAAUGGGCACAGAAUCAAGGCAAAAUGCAUCAAUUGGUAAACAAUCCAGAAGUAUCCACAACUAGAAAACCCAAACAGGGUAUACAGGCUCAUAACUACAAUUAAAAAGAAGACAAGACUUUACAAUGAGCUAAUGAAAACCUGGGAGCAUAUAAACAGUAGGGAUGCAACUGAAUACAAAUAUAUUAUUCAGAAUGAACAGAUACCAUGUUCUAAACAAAUUUGAAUACAGAUACAAAUAGCAAGGGCACUAUUUUUUAUUUGCUUCCUAGAAAGGUUCACAGAGCAUCUGCUUAAGACAAGAGGUGUGCGUCUGGAUUGGGAUCCUGUGGAACACAGAAAAGGAAAAAAAAAAGGUUGCGCAAACAGGAGGUUUUUACUUUUAUGCGGUUACGUGUGAGUAGUCACGGUACAAACAAAUACCGCGAAUGUGCACUGGUGCAUUUACAUCAUUUCUGUAUUCAUCUUUAGUAACUGCCUGGUCAGGGUUGUGGUGGUUUAUAGUACUAGUUUGUUUGUAUUUGGGAAAUAGAACCAACUAAAUUUGUUAGAAAAUAUCACUGGCAGGUACAAAAAAUAAUAGAAUUUAUAAAAACAGUCGUGCACUCAUCUUUAGUUGAGACAAAUUACGAACUGUCAGAGCAAGAACUCACAGACCAUGAUGACAGAACAUGCUGUCAGAGGAAGAACUCGCAGACCAUGCUGAUAGUGCUGGAGUUUCUACAUCUGGGUUUUUCCAGUGUUUUCCACUGUUUCCAGGGCUAUAGUUGUAUGGUUCAUUAAAAGGAAAAAAGAAAGAUUUUUUUCACACUCUCUUCAGCUUUAAAUCCCAAUACAGAUACAGAUAGAGUCAUUAUGUUACACAAUAAACCCUAAUAAACAGUGAGUUAAUGAGGAUAUAAUGAGAAUCAGGUGAGAGUUCUGGAAGUGCACUAAUAUUCUGGUGGUGAUAUUGUGAGGACAAAAAUGAGUUUAUACUCACGAGAAAGGAUGAUCUACAGCAUUUCACCCUCCAAAUUACGUUUUAAGAAAUGCAGGUUCCAAGCUGAAAGGUUUCAAUAGGUUCUUCAACUGAGUUGUGCUGUCUGUGCACUUUAGAUGCAAAGCACCACAUGGACCUGGAUUGUGACUCACUCACACACAGUUAGCAGACUGAGGAACCUCCACUAUGGAGAGUUAUUAAUCAAGUAACCUUUGUUUGCAUCAGUUCUGAAGAGGUGGAAUCUGGCACGGACCCACAGGAUCUGACAUGUCAACUCUCACAUUACACCUGUUUUCACUCACAUAUUGCAUGAGUGCAUUACUGCCACUGAUUUUUUUUUUAAACCAGUAUUGUCAGCAUUCACUUAGUCAGAGUAACUUAAUGAUAAAAAGCAUUGGUGUAGCUGCAUAUAUUCAGUCUGUUGUGCUUAACUUAGUUUGGGAGCAAAUAUAUUUCUCAACCAAGUAAAAUCCAUUAUUCACUGCUCUCAACAAAAAAGUUUUCACGCAUCGAUACCGUCAAUGACCUAUUAACAGCUUCCUUUAUUUUUUUGUUUCACUUUCCGUAAGUUGCUGUUAAAAGCAGAAUAACUUUAUUUCCAAGGAAUUUGUUGCAGAAUACACUUUAAUCAGCACUGUUCUACCAAAUAUGCUAACUAAACUUGUUAGCUGCAGCAUCUUGAGAAUUUUUCCUACCUCUGUCUAAAAUCAUGCUUUGUUCAUUAAAUUUGGCUUUACAUAAGCAGUUAUGUUCUUCGUCAAGGUCCUUGGAUGCACCUGUACCUACUAUAAGUGUUAUGAGGCUUACAUUAAGCUUUGAAAUUUUGAAUGUCAUUAUCAUGGUUAAUGUAUUUCAUUGCAUUUUGAAAGUGCUUUCAAUAGCAGAUCCAUGUCUUAAUCCAGCUUGUGUCAUAUUUGAUCAUAUUUUGGGUUGCUCAGUAUAGUGCUCAGAGUGUCUUAUAGUGCUGUAUAGGGCUUUCUGGUGAAAAUCUAAACAAAGGGAACACUGUUGUAUUCCAUUUAUUUUUCCAAAUUAAUCAUGCUGUCAUCGCUUGAAUACAUGCUUGUCCUGGCUGGCCCACAUGGAGUUUUAUUUGGAAACAUACACCAAGUUUCAAGGAUGGAGAUUUGAGUGGAUUUCACUCAGGAAACAGCUCUCCGUAAUGGUAUUCGCUAUGAUGGAGCAUGUAUAGAUGCAUUAUACUCAUCAUAAGCUACAGACUCCUGCGAAAGUAUGAGAAAUGCAAGGCCAAUUCUUUUGUUUUUGCUAUACUCUGAAGACAUUUCAGUUUGAGCUCUCUAUGAGACGAUAGAUCAGAAUUUCAGCUUUAAUUUCCUGAUAUUUACAUCUAGAUAAAUUAAAGUAAAUAACAUGUAAUAUUUAGUUGCAUAUCCUUUGCUUGCAGUAACUGCAUCAAGCCAGGGACCUACUGACAUCAUCAAACUGUUGCAUUCUUCUUUUGUGAUGCUUUUCCAGGCUUGUAGGGAAGCUUCUUUCAGUUGUUGUUUGUUUUGGGGGGUUUCUCCCUUCAGUCUCCUCUUCAGGAGGUGAAAUGCAGCUCAACUGGGUUAAGGUCUGCUGAUUGACUUUACCAGCCUAAAACCUUCCACUUUUUUCCCCCUGCUGAAGUCCUUUGUUGUGCUGGCAGUGUGUUUUGGGUCAUUGUCUUGCUGCAUAAUGAAGUUCCUCCCAGUUAGAUUGGAAUCUUUUCUCUGUAAAUUGGCAGACAGAAUGUUUCUGAAUUCAUUCUGUUGCUACCAUCAUGAGUUACAUCAUCAAUAAAUAUUAGUGAGCCUGUGAGUCUCCUGUAGUUUUGGAACUGCAAUCUGUAUUCUUUUGUUUGUUGCAUUUAUUACUUAUUAUUUCCACUACACAAAUGUACACAAAAAAGUAGUGUACAAAUAAUUACAAGAGAAAUUUAUGUCCUUACAGAAAUAUAUGAAUUCCAGAUAUAAUUAUCUCUAAUGAGCAAGCCAGAGGUGAUGGUGGAAAGGAAAGCUUUAGCUUUAGAUUUAGCUUAUGAACUAAUUAUAAAGCCUUUCAUAAAUUAGAUAUGGUUUGGUAAAGCAGGUUAAACACUAUUGCUAACGCCCUGUAAAACCAGAGCUUAACACUCAUGGUCUUUCAGCAUUCCUUAGGUUUUAAAAGAAAUCAUGACUGAACCAAGCAUUUGAAAGAAUCUGUGCCACUCCUGUUGUGUCUUCCAAUUAUUAUCAUUGGAAAAUCUUGAUUGUGUCCACUUUCCUACAUCCUUAGAAGGUGUUAACAUUAACAUUAAACUGGUAAGAGUUCUUUUAUCUGUUUGAGAAACUGCCAUUAUAAAAAAAAAACUGUAGCUUAGAAAUUAGAAGUUGUUGUUUCUUUUACAUUAUCAGGUGCAGAAACUGUUAUGUAGCCAAUGUCCACUGCAGACAGAAAAUGAGCUCUUGAAUUCCAUUGUAGACUUCAUUUCCAGCCUCACUUCUUGUUAAAAGUGGGUGUUGUUUUUUUUUUUUUUUUGAAAAGGAUUUUUGGAGCAGGCCAGUGGUGGAGGCCGAUGACAUUGUGCUGUUCCUCUGUGGCCACAUUCCAGUGUUCUGACACAGUGAGCGGUGAGCAGGCCGGCGUGGGGGGAAAGCGGGCAGCAGGCGGGUUUUGGCUGGCUCGCUCUCUUCUUCUCUCUACGGGAUAAAGGGGAAUGUGUCUGGGACUACUUUUGUGUGUGCCUUUCAGCCUGGCCUCUGGAGCGAGUCCUGCCAAAGAGGCUGUAAAUGGGAGUAUGCUAUGGAAGGGUGGAGAGGGAGCUUGUGAGACAUAUAUUGUUUGUGUGGCAUGGAUUGGCAGGAAAAAAAAAGCAGCAGGGGAAAGCUGUGGUGAAGGGCGUGUAUGCCAUGAUGCCCGGACAGAUCCCUGACCCUUCGGUGACGGCAGGCUCUUUACCCAGCCUGGGCCCUCUGGCUGGGAUCUCUGCCACGACGCUCACGGACCAGCUGAAAUACGCCGACCUGUGCAGUCUAGGAGCCAUGCUGUCUCCGCUGCACCUAUUGGGCAAGCUGAGCAAGCACCAUCUUCCUAUUAAAGCUGAGAAAGAUGAGGAGGAGGAGAGGAGGAAGAGGAGGCGAGAAAAAAACAAAGUGGCAGCAGCACGAUGUCGAAACAAAAAGAAAGAGCGAACAGAGUAUCUACAAAGGGAGUCCGAGAGGCUGGAGAUGAUGAACUCUGAGCUCAAAGCGCAAAUCGAGGAGCUGAAGCACGAGCGUCAGCAGCUUAUCCUCAUGCUCAACCGGCACCGGCCGACGUGCAUCGUGAGGACAGACAGUGUGAAAACCCCCGAGAGUGAGGCUAACCCCCUCCUGGAGCAGCUGGAGGCCAAAUGAGGAAAAGUGCAGAGACUCAGAGUGGUGCUUUUCCACACUUACUGUUUACAGGUUAGCUUCCAUACAGCUAGCUAGAAGCACUUAGCUCUAAACUCUUGGACAUUUAAGGUUGAAUGAGUGAAGCACUCCAACCUGUAUGCUUGGAGUUUUUGAGCCUUUGUGGAUCCCCGUGUCACCCAUGCAUACAUCCGACUGGGCGACGUGCUGACAGUUACAAGUUUGUAGUAGUUUUUUUUUUCCCCUGUAUGUGGUCAUUCUGUGCCUAAUGGUUUUAACUUAAUCCAACCAGGCUAACAAGACAGUUUGUAACAGAUAGCAAAAACAAAACGCACUUCCUCAAGGUAUCAUGUAAGAUCUGUGUUUUGGCAAUGCAACUGGAUGAUUUGUGCUAUGUCCAUGAUACCAAGUAAUGAUUUGCCCUCAUGAAAUUGCUUUUCUUUCUUUCUUUCUUUCUUUCUUUCAUUCUUUCUUUUUUUAAAGACGCAGGCGUCAUGUAUGCACAUAUACAGUAUAUGGACUGUUUACAUCUUGUUCUUAUAGUUACCUACAAUUUAUAUAUAUAUAUAUUUUUUUUCUGAUUUUUAUACUUCAUGUACAUUACAUUAUAUGGACUGUUAUCACUAGAUGUGAUACAUUUUAUAUUACUGCUAUAUAACAGAUAGUUAUAUAACCCCUUUUUCUGUGACUUACUCAUUAUGUUUAAUGGCUGUGAAGAAAUGCAAACAAUAUACACAAUGUAUUUGGGAAGUAUAUUCUACAGUCCUUAAUUAUUAAAUCAGUUCCUCUGA